GGAAAUUGCUUUCUUGAUCCAUGCCUUAAUUUGAACUAAAAGGUUAGACAAAAAGUUCAUAUGUGUCACCUUGCUAUAGCUCAUACUGUAAACACAUCAUUUUUUCAAAUGUCAAUUAGAGUAACGUCUUUUUUGAAAUUCUUCUCGAAAGUGAAGACACGCAAUCUCAAUUAAUUCCUACAAAAUUGAGUCGCAUAUUUAGGCAUCAGUGGGCAAAUUCGCAAUAAUGGCGCUUCUGCGAGGUCUUCUGAAAAAAACACCUUUCCACCGCAUGUAUACCCCAACCACCGCCAUCUGCAGAACAACAUCGUCAGAUGAUAGUUCAGGGUGUCCGAUACCAAAACCAGACCAUCCAUGUAAGAUUAUACACCCCAAGGGCUUAGUUUUAGGAGUGUACACAAAUCCUGAUGACCCAUUUGAUGUUGGUCAACUGACACCGACUGGUCAGAGAUACGACGCAAUGGUAUGUGGUCGCGUAACAGAGCUACUGAAGUAUUCGGCACUUCCAAGGACGGGAGAAGUAAGACUAUUUUACAACCUCGAUCCUGAAUUCAGUAUGGUUGCUGUGGCAGGUUUAGGAAGACAGUGCCAGGGGUACGAUGUUUUUGAACAGAUGGACGAAGGAAAAGAAACCAUUCGUGUGGCUUCUGCACACGGAUGUAAGGCGCUACAAAAGAUGCGAGUACGAAAAGUCUACGUGGAGAGUUUUGGUCAUGCAGAAUCAGCAGCUGAAGGUUGCGCUCUCAGUGUAUGGCUGUAUCAAGAGAAAAAAGCGAAGAAACAUCAAAUAUACAUUCCAACGAUCGAGCUUUAUGACGAUUGCGACUGGACAGGCUGGCAAAUAGGUCUACAAAAAGCUGCUGCACAGAAUCUAUCAAGACAACUGAUGGACUGUCCUUCGAACAUGAUGACUCCCACAACUUUUGCACAGAACGCUGUAGAAGUGCUUUGUAAAUCUGGUAUCAACGUAGAAGUCAAAGUGAGAGGAUGGGCUGAGACUCAGAAGAUGAAUGCAUUCUUAGCGGCGUCUCAAGGAUCUUGCGAGCCACCGAUAUUCUUAGAGCUUAGCUACUAUGGUGCUUGUAAAGAUGAAAGGCCUGUUGUGCUGAUCGGCAAAGGAAUUACUUAUAACAGCGGUGGAAUAUAUUUGAAGGCACCCAACAAGCAAAGAUUUAUGAGAGGUGACAUGGGAGGAGCAGCUUGUGUUGUAGCUGCUUGUAGAGCGAUUGCUGGACUCCAACUGCCUAUAAACGUAAGAGCACUCCUUCCCUUAUGCGAAAACAUGCCUGGAUGUGCUGCAAUGCGACCUGGAGAUAUAGUCAAGGCCAUGAAUGGUAAAAGCAUAAAGAUCGAGUCCACUGAUACAGCAGGUAGACUAUGUCUAGCAGAUGCUCUAGUCUACGCUCAAAACUUUUGGCCUAGAUUCAUCGUGGACAUAGGAACUAUGACAUAUGACAUGAAACAUUCACUUGGUGCUUCAGCUUCUGGAGUUUGGACCAACUCAGAAGCCUUAUGGGAGUACAUGCUUGCAGCUUCGAUGCACACCGGUGACAGAGUUUGGAGGUUUCCUUUAUGGGAUCACUUCACGAAGAUGAUAGCCGGUCACCACGCUGUGGAUACCAAGACAUACGGUAGAGGCGGAAAACCCAGAUGCGGGGAAAAUAACAAAGUGGCCGCUUUCCUCAAUGAGUUUGUCCCAUGUGGAGAUUGGCUGCACAUAGACAGUUACGGUGUCAUGUUUUCUACUGGAGAGGAUUACCCAUAUCUACGCAGGGGAAUGUCUGGAAGACCUACGAGGACCCUCGUGGAGUUCCUAUCACAGUUAGUCUGCCACCGCGAGUAAAUGGACUAAAGUAUACUAUUGCUUAGAGAGAUAAAAUGAAAUUGUAUGUAACAAAGCUGCUACAAUAGAUAUUAUAUCUGAUAUAUCCAUACGCCUGACUUUGUA